GUGGCGGACCUUCGAGAAAGCAAUCCCUUUUUGCGAAUUUCAUCAACGCAGUGGGACCUCUAUAGCAAAGGGGGAGCGCAUUGAGUAUUAUAGUCAACGAUAUCAUAACGUGCUUAUCGAAAUAUAUAACAGAAAAUAUAUUUUCACACGCGUUCCCUUUUAUAAAACUGUUGAACGAUUUGUAUGUCUAUUCAAAGAGAAACAUCUCCUUCAAGACAAAUACAUUUCUUCCUCACCUGGAAUUACAAAUGAAAAAUGUAGGCAUGAUCAAUUAUUUUCCGGGAAUAACGGUAAUCCAGCGUUGGUGAAUGGACAACUAAGAGAACCGAAACAUGGUGACGGCAGCAUCUAAAGAAGGAUCAUCUGUAUUGCCCUUCUGAAUACAACCAGCGACACGCAGUGCCAGUAUAGAAUAGGUAAAGAAAUUGAAGAAGACUGUGAAAGCCAAGGGCAAAGAACUAAAGGAACUGAAGGAACCUCAAACCAGGAUUACAUCAGUACCGCUUUGUUUGCCAGUUGAAACCACCAGAGGAACGUUCUCCCCUGCUUUUGAUCCAGAGGAUGUUUGCUAAUUACAACAGACUUUUCUGACGGAUUUUGGAUCUUAAUUUUUUCCUUUCUUAUCCUGUUCUGUUUCAAGCGAGACCAAAACCAGUGCAAACAAACUGUGCCAAGAAAAAGGCAACAAAAGGAAUGACAUCAAUGAAACAUUCAAAAAGUACCAUUUAUCAUUCAUACCUUUUAUUUCAGGUAGGGUUAUAUAGAGCUCACACAGUGUUCAUAUUCAAUAUCCAACUACAAUUUUUUUAUUAAUCUUCCCAACACUUUAAAAACACAUUUCAGAUCCCCAAUUGACAUUAAAAAAAAAACAUUGAAACCAUCACACUCAUAAACACACUGACAUGAACCAAAUUGUAGAAAGUUAGCUUAACCUGCAUGACAGGUAAAAGUUUACAUUAAUUGUUCUUGUAAGUUGUCGAAAAACGUUGCUGCUCCUAAAAUCUUUCAGAUUUGGAUAAAUAGUGCAUUAUUGGUUCAAAGUGCUUUAUAAACAAAUCUUUAAUGGGUGGCCUGCAUUUGUUUGUAGUUCAUUAGCUGGAGCAUGGUAAGUAGUUAUAACUCACAAACUUGCUCCAUUUCCACCCCUGAUGUGCAACACAAGUUACAUAUAACAUAAUGAAUUGACCUCGCUGCUAUUCUGUUGCUAUCUCCUUCCUUGCCCUCAUCUAUCUUCAUUUAUUCUUCUUUAUACAUUUUCCCGGCAUUUGCCCUUUAGAGGGCAUGCAGGCACGCCACAUUUAAUGAUCUGAAAAAAGCCUAUAUCUUUUUAUCCUGAAUUAUAUUAUUUUCUUCCUCUCAAAACAUGCAACAUAGCCCCACAGCAUAUUCCAGUUAUCUGUCAAAUGAGAUCAACUUUAACACUUAUAAUAAAAACACUUAAGCCAUAGUAUGACCAACAUUUAAAAAGGUUGUCUCAUUAUGUUGAAGAUUUCCUCACAUUGACAAUAUAUCAUAGAUAUACUUAUUGGAGUGCUCAUACAUUCAGGUAUAUAUUAGCAACUGAUUUUACAUAAUUCUUGGAAACCAUUCCCCAAAAAAAUUUUAAGGAGAAAGAUGCUCAUAUACAAUUGUUCUACCUUUCACCAUUAUACUAUUACUACGUAUUUGUAAUCAUCUGCCCAAGAAAAUUUGGGCUGGAAAGUGACAACCUUUUAGUGUAAGUUCCCUCCACAAUAUUCUGCAUUGAACGAAUGAAUCCAGACAUUUUCAUGUCUGUCCUGUGGGCGGAGCCGCGCUGUCCUGCCAGAACCGGGCCUAAGCCCACCAUUGUUCUGUUCUGUUGGGCUGAGUUAAACUCAGAGCAGAGACACUCACGCAAGGGGAUCAAGCACACAUAGAUCCUUCGUCCCCUUGGUCUUCCAUCACCAGUCCCCCUCUCUUUCCAUUUCUGAAUCUAUUGAACAUAUCCGGCUGCCUUUCUUCAUUUUGUACCGUCGUCCUAGUUUACACUUCUCUCACAAAGUGUGAAUGUUGUCUCAACAUUUUCUGCUGUCCAUCUGUCCCAGCACUAUUUGCUGCUUGGUGCAGUACCCACGUUCACCAGAACUUGUGACACGCUUUUGUGAUUGGUCCUCAUAGCUCAAACAUUGCAGGCUUUCAACGACUGUAUUUCAGUCUGAAUUUAGAAUCACCAUUCUCUCUGAGUAGUAUUUCCUCAACUGACCACCCUACCUCUAUUUUUUCCCCCUUCAUCUUCUGGGAGUUUAUUUUUUAAUAAAUAGAACAUUAAGUGUAGAAGAAAUGACAUUACCUAGAUAUUACUCAUGAUCCACAGUGCCACAUCUGUUUCGGCACAUUUCCUGACAUGAUGAAGUAGGGACACACGAAGCUGCCAACACAACUGUUUACAUUUCACGGGUAGAGCAAUUUACUUUGAGAAAGCUUUUGAACAGAAGUUGAACAGAAAGGCUAUGGUUCAAAUAUCUACAACAGACAACUGAAGUGCCAAUUUUAAGUGAUUAUAAGAUUAAGUAUAGGUGAACACUACUGGAACAAAGGAAAUAUGUUUACAUAUAACGCCUAAUGUUUACAGACUAAACCUUCCCUGCAAAGAGGAUUUGCUAGCAACAUUUUUCAUUACUGUGCCAUAGGUUGGAGAAGUCCAGAAGACUCAGAAGGGUUUGAAACGUUUACACAUUGAUUUAGUUUACAAGACAAUACUGCCUAUCAUAAAAGAAAACUCUUGCCAUUUUAGUUUGGUCUGUACUGUAGAAUCCACAACAUUAUCAAUAAGGCUCUAUAAUUUAUCUUUCCGUUCCAUAGGAUUAUAUUACAUUAUGUUGACUAGCAUUUACAAUAUAUAGAUAUAUUUUCAAGCAAUUCUCUUUUGUUUUUGUGUGCCAAGUUGAAGUUUGAGAUACACCUUAAAUAGUCCACUCACAAGUAGAGCCAUCAUAUAGGCAGGACAUGCAAGAGUCGGAAACAUACAAAUAUAGAAAUAUACACACCUCCGUGUUGACUUAAGCUGCUCACGAACUUGGAUGGAUUUGUACUAAGAGCUUGAGAGAUAUGUUUACAUAAAGACAUGUACAUGUCAAAAACGCAUGUUGCUUGAACAAACUAGAAAUAACAAAAAAAACAAAGUGAAAACCUCUGCAUUAAUAUACGUACUGUACAUGAAAGCACCAACGAAGGAGUAGUGCACCGUAGUUAAGUUGAAUCCUUGAUUGGAAGCUUUUUUUGUUCUUGCUCCUAGACAUUCAGAAAGGAACAAACAUUAGGUCAUCUCUCUCGAAAGAGGACCUUUAUAUUCGAAUACCAGACGGGCCUUUUAUUUAUCUUUCAUUGGCCUAGAGACACUGAAAGGUUGAAAAAUGAGGUCCAGAACCUAUAGAAGGAUGUUCAGCACCUCCCUCAUAUUUUUCCUUGUGUCCGGGCUCAUCCUUUCCGCUGUGACUGUCACCGUGGACCAACGAUCAUCCGACGGUGGCCCUCGUGGCACUACCCUGUUCCUCCUCACCGGCUUUGGGAACAAACCGAUGCCGCCGCCCCCUGGGGGGUCAAAGGUGGCCCCUAAAGCAGCCGAAAUGGAGGAGGCCCAGGACAGUGGGUUGAAAGGCGUUGAAACUCUUCCAGUGCCGCUGCCACAGAUCAUGCUUCCUCCGAACAUGACAGCGGCUGACGCUCUCAAGCCACCACUGGGUGCCGCACAGGUGGCGCCUCCCCCCCGCCGACUGGUUGAUGUGGACAUGUGCCGGGCCUAUUACGACGUCAUGGGCCAGUUGGACCAGGCUUUCAACUGUUCUAAGGGCACCUACAUCUACUGCUGUGGCACCUGCCACUACCGCUACUGCUGCGACCACCAGCGCAGUCGCCUUGACCAGGAGUUGUGUACCAACUACAAAUCACCCGUAUGGGCCAACACCCAGCCAUUGAGCACCAUACCCCCGGGGAACAGAGGCGACCCAGACUCGGAGCAGCUGAAGCAGAGCAACAGCACAGCGUAUGUGAUCGGAGGGGUGAUCUCAUUCACCCUGGUGGUGGCAGUAGGCAUCAAGGUGGCUUUUCACAAGAUGUCCCGACGUCCCCGGAACAGAGACAUCAACAUGCCCAGAGCCCUGGUAGAUAUCCUACGCAGUCAGUCCAGCCCAGUCCAACAAGGGGAGAGGAACAACAGCACAGUCUUGACAACCGCCACUACUGGAGACAGUAUGGGUCGCCCAACCAAGAACCUCUACGCUCCGGUGCUUCAGAGCAAAGACAACCGCAUUGGCAACUUGCACCAAAAUUUUAUCCAGGUGUCUGAUUCCAGCCCCAAACACUCGGCUACUAUGGAGCGUGUACCUCGCAUGAACAACACCCAGUUGGCCUCCACAGGGACCGUCCUCACCAGCAAGCACAACAACAGCUCCAGCCUGCACUCACACCCACACCCCUCAUUCUCGCACUCCUUCCACAACCUGGACCAGCUGCCCCCCUCCUAUGAGACGGUCAUGAAACCCGAGAUCAACCGCUACAGCUCCCUGAAGAGGCUGGAAAAAGAUCUGGAUGAAUACUCUGGCUACUAUACGUCAAAGCGACGGCCUAACAACGCCCCGCCCUCAUUCCACUCCUCCCAGCACCACCUCCACUGGGGUGGGGACUACACCCUUGGAGCCAGGGGCACCCUCCCGCUCCAAACUUCCCGGCCACGGAUUCAAGUUCCUACGUCCACCCCAAACCCCUACCCUUUGCCGGCCCAGCCCUCGGGGUACCAGGCCAGCUUUGACAAGCCCCCCCGGAGAGUCAUGUCCCAGGACCAGCUCCUGGCACUUGUUGAGGGCAACACCCUUUCCAGACUCUCCAAAAACCAGCAGCACCAGUACUACAAGGCUAUGACCACCAGCAAGAGUUCCACGUCACAGACGCUUCGCAAGUCCCACGAGAGACUCCUAGUCUCGCCCGACCGUCUGGAGGACAGGAUGGUGACCAUGGGCCUUCCUGGGAUGGGUGGUAUGGCGGGGAUGGGGGGCAUGGCUGACUUUGGGGGGAUGGGGGUCCCGACCAUGGGACGUCUGAGCCACAAGGCCCAGUCCCAGCAGAACGUCUGCAUUACCCCCUCACUGGACCGCCAUCACAUGAUCAAGAUGAACUCCCACCCGACGUCGGGCCACGAGCUGGAGAGGAGCACGGCAGGCCACCCAGUAGGAAGCUGGGGGGAACCACACGGAUCGGGGAUGGGGCUAGGGCCCGGUAAUGGGGCAGGGAACAUCGGGGGCCACAAUGCGAGGAGGAUGGCAUUCGCCACCAAAAGGCAGAACACUAUCGAGCAGCUCCAGUACAUCCCCGGGGGCGGAGGGGGUGGAGGGGGCCAGGCGUUGAGGACGGCCAGUAAGAACGAGGUGACCGUGUGAGAGAUCAGAGACGACGGAAAAGGAGAGAUGAAGGUCGUGCUGAGAUUGAAGCUGGAAGUGUUUAAGUGGAAAAUAAAAGUGAGUGAAAGGAAAGGUCAAUUGGGACAUGGUGGAAUGAAAGAUGAAUAGAAAGAGAAGCCAGAGGAGAGACAUGGGCUAGCUAGAAAGGAAGGAGGAUCUGACCAGGAGACUAUGUCCCAGUAACUGCCUGAGAAGAGGAUGUUGAAAACAAGGCAAAGUAAGACUUGAGAAAAGAGUGUAUGCUCUUUUAUCCUGUUGCCAGAAAACACAAAAGGCAAUAGAAAGGAAUUGUUGAGAAAUUGAUUAAUCAAAAGGAAUAUUGAAGGAAGCUCAUUUUGAUUCAUUAUAUUUUGUGUCUUGGAACAGAGAAUACUCAGCCAUAUUUUUGAGGAGGGACAAACUAAAAAGGCCAUGUAUAGAGCAAAAAAGGAACAUUUAAAAACAUUUUUGUGCAAUUGAAAAUACACUUCCUAGGACAUGAGGACUUUUACUAGUGGAUCCUGCUUGGGUCAAAAUUAUUAUUGGUUAUUGAAUAGAUUUUUUUGCACCAUGUUGUUAAGCUGCUUUGACAAACGGAAACAACCUGUCACUGAAUCAGAACAGACGCAAAUGUCAGUGAAAAAUAAAAUGUUGUAAUGAUGAUUUGACUUUAAAAAAACAUAAUACCAGGCUGAAAAUUGUUGCCUGGGGUGGGCUUUGAACUUAGUAGUUUGAGUUGCCCAUUAUCACUUUUCUAAUUUGUGAUUGGUCAACUUGAAAAUAGACACAUUUGGAGUACUGUUGCUAGCUACUACCACAAUAUCACACUACAGCCAUAACUCAGUCAGCAGAUAUUUUGUAUAACAUCAUGAAAGGGAUACCCUCUGAUUAUGGCGGGAUUUUCUCAGUUAUUAUUAGCAUGAUUUGAUGUAAACAUCACCUUGCUACAUGACUUUUGCUCUCACAUCCGAUUGACUGCCUAGUUGAGGUGACGGCUGUCCCAUAGAGAUCCACGUCACCUAUCCACUGCAACAGUCAGUCCCUUUGCAGCUUUGAGGACAGUUAACAAACUGUGCCGCUUUUAAAAGUUACCUUUAUAGUCACACAGAAAUGCUUAGACACUGUUAUUUGAUAAAACGUUGUCAGUUGUUGUAUUUUAAGGAGUUUAAGAACACUUGAAAGACAAAGAAAAACCAAACUGUUGACCAUAUUUAAUGAGACAUGAAUGAAAGCUUGGCAAAGUUGUGUUAGGCGUUGAGGUACACUGCCAUACAGAGGGUUCACCUCUUGGCUAAUGCAAGGGCUUUCUUGAGCCAUACAUGCUAAUGGGAACUCCCCAAUGGAUUUGUUAGUAGUUAACAUACCAACCACUACUCUUUUAUUCCUCUCUGAAUUCCUUGUUACUGCUUCUGAAACUCCAGCCGUUCACAAUUUUUGGAGGAGGAUGGGAAAGGGGGAACAGGGGACAUUUAUCACUUAACACCAAGGGCUAUUCUGAAAACUCUUUACUCUCAUGUAUUUGGUCUGUCUGUACUAUGUCAGCUUUUUCAUUUUUCUGUGUCAAUAUUGGAGACACGGUUUGUGCAACACUGCUGAAAUGACUGACACAUUUUGUAAGUGUGAAGAAAACAGUAAUUUCUGCAAAUGCUACUUUGUGCCCUCGUGAGGUUGACAAUAAGUGUGACAAAAAAGCCAUCAUGUCAUUUUGUAACUUUUUUUUACAUUUAUUUUUUACAUUCUAGGAGUGGAGGAAGGCAUGAUGUCAUAGUAUGUAAAUUUGCAAGCGUUCAAUUUUCUUUUUCUUUUGUGUGUUUGAUGGGUAUGUGGUCAUAAGAUGGAAAAUGUGGUUGUUUCUGGACAGUUUUAAAGGGGUUGGAGUCUCCACUUUGACGGAAGGGAUAAGGAGACCCUAUACUCUGAAUAUUUGUAUAGUAUUUAGUCUCUCCCCAUUAACUGUGACUGGAUAAGGAAAAAAAACGAUUGAUGGAACUUUAAGCCACACAAUGUUUUUAAAACUCUAUUAUAUGUGUUUGUGUGUUUACGGUCAUGAUUAUGAUUAAAAUAGAUUUACUCUUUAAUUAUUAUUAUUAUUAUUAUUACCAUGAUUAUUAGUUACCUUCUUUUUAUUUUAAUCUCCGUGAAUGUCACUGUUUCCUGGAUUUUGAAUAUUCAACUUUCUAGUGGAUUUUAACCUUUGUAUUCUUGAUGAAAAAAGCAGAUGCAAUCAAAGUGAAAAGACAAACCGCAUGAAGAUGUCAAAGCCAGUGUUGAUGAUGUCAUAGUGCUGACUUAUGAUGUCAUGGCGUGUAUGUGUAAUGUACAUGCGUCUGUAUUUGUGUGCCCGUGUGUAUUUCAAUGUCUUUUCAGGAAUGCUGAAUCUCACAUUUGAUCCGACUUGGGAAAUUACAAGUAAGACAACUGUGUUUUUCAGAAAAUCCACCAACUAUUUCAAAGCCAAGGCUAUUAUAUUAAAUAUUAAUUUUGGCUUUUGAAUUCAGAAGCCUAACAUCACAAGGAUAUAUAUCAAUCACAGCUUUCCUUGUCAAGCUACAUUCACCAAAGCAAAUGUAACAUUUUUUUUUUCUUCACAUUUCAAGGUGUAGAGCAAAAGCUACAUUACAUUGUUAAAAAAAUUUGGUAAAAAUUUGUGCAUUUCGUUAUAAAAUAACAUUUAUGUGACUGGAAUGUCACUUUUGAGAACUUUACUAUUUAUUGAAAAGAAUGGGGAUUUUGCUAGGAUAGUUUUGAGAAUGUAUUGUGACUUGCCUUGUUUGACAUGAUUAUGGACCACCAAUUAUAGGAAUAAAAUGGCCCAAUGAUUUUCGCAGUCUAAAAUAAUCUUAAAAUGAAAAAAGACUACAUAUAUUCAUGCCACAAGAAGAUUCUGUUAUAUUUUCUAUGUAUGUUUUUCUUGUACUUUUGGAGGUAACAUUAUACUGAAGUUGUGUUACGUAAGUUGAGUAUACUCAUUAAUCUGUGUGCCUGUAAAUGUACUGUUUAUAAAUGUGUGUUUGUGUGUGUGUGUGGGUGCGUGCGUGCGUGCAUGCAUGCAUGCAUUCUUGUGUGUGGUCUGAAGAAAAGAUUUCAGAAGGUGUGUGUGUAUGUUCUAAAGAAAUAAUUCUAGACAGUGUGUGUGUGUGUGGAGGUUAGAGGGAGGAUGUGGUAUUAAAUGAUUGUUUUGGUGUGUGACUCGUGGGGUGACAGUUUAUGGCCUGAGGUUUUCCUGAUGAAAAAGUGUGAGAAGGCAUGAGAGAGCUUCAUUGACCCUUAUUUGGAUUGCGGGAGAAAAUGGAGGUUGGCCCGGGGGUGUAUUGUAGUAUUCCCCAAGUUACUUUGCAUACCUCAGAACAUUUUUAAAGGGAUUCAUCUGAAACAUAAUCCCCAUGUCUGUUUCCGAGAAUAUUAAGUGAAGAUCUCACAAGUGUGCAACCCUUAUUUUGGUUAUUGGUGAAUUCUCGCGUUUGUAGAAUCAUACUGUUCAAUUGAUAAUAACAAUAAAAAAUCCCCACAAUAACUCC